ACUUCUACGGCUUUUAUGUGAGCGAGGCUGCUUUGUAAUGGCGUCCAUCGUGUCAAAAGAGAUAACUCGAGUCGAAAUGCGACCGAUUUUCCGUUGUCUGUCGCUGUAGUAAGACUGUACUUACGGCGAAUAGAGAUUUAUGCACUAUGAAGCGGUCACAGCCAGAACCGUCUUCAUCGGUGCCGCCGAAAAAGUUUAUGACGAAGAUGAUUCCCACCGUUAGCAUAGGGCCUUGUUCAACCGAGGAUGAGAUGAACAUGAAAGUUCUCAAGUUUCAAAACAAGAAGUUAUGUGAAAGGCUUGAAGAGAUGAAGGCAGAGGAGGAAAGACUUCAUGAGAAGUUGAACUCUGCAAAGGAACAGCGGACUUCAGACCUAGAGAUCCUUUCUGUUAUCAACAGGCACUGGAUUCAGCUUGAUGAGGAUGUAACAACUCUUCUGCAAAGAUAUGAAGGCUGUGUGCCGGAAGAGUUGAGUGACCAAAAUGAGACAGCCCAGUCCUACCUAGAGACCCUGUCCCAGGUCAGCUCGGGACAGGUUAAGGAAGAGGUUGCGAAGAGAGCCAAAAGUUCCAGGAAAUGUGUUGAGAAGAUCCUGAGCUACCUAGAAAAGGCUGGCGCUCUUCCAAAACAUCUUACCAAACCAGAGGUUACUCUUGUGAUGAAUGCAGAAGAUACUCCAGCUAAUGUAGCAAUGGAUGUUGAGGAAAACCAACAAGAGGUUGUAAGAAAAAAAGCUGAAGAAAGUGAAUCGGCAAGUGAAUCAACAGCCACAGAAGCAACACCCUCUGAGGUAUCACCCAUUGAAACAACACCCUCUGAGAAAGCAGAGGUCAAGUCUCCAGUUGAACAACAGUCAGUGGCCACACCCCCACCAAUCCCUGAUGCUUAUACCAUAUUGGCUGACAACCAGCGGUUAAGGGAGAUGAUGUCUGCCAUGCAACAGAAGCUACAAACAACCUCCUUAGAGUUUUCAGAGAUCCGUGAUAAGUACGCCCUGACAUCCAAGGAGAUCUCAGGGUUGAACACCCAGCUACAGGACUCAGAGUAUGAGCUGCAGAAAGCUAACCAUCGUGUUGAGAAUCUGGUGAAAAGGCUGAAUGAGCAGGAAGCUUUUGUCAAGAAACUAAGAGAGGGAGAGAUGCCUAAAGAAGCCACAGGGCUAGGAGACCAGAGUGAAGAAAAAGAUGUAGAGCUGGAAGAGCAGCGGGAACUUGCAGAGACUCGGCUUAGUGAAUUGCAGAAACUGAAAGAAGACCUCGUGGCUUCUCAACAAGAAGUAGAAAAACUUAGACUGGAGGUAGUGCAAAUACCUGAGUCUGUCAUCACCCAGUCUGCACCAUAUAAGUGCAUACAGUCACAAUUUUCCGUCCUUCAUGGAGAAGCUACUCAGAUGAGACAACAGCUGGAUGAAAUCAGAAAAGCACUCAGCCUGUCUAAGACACAACAUGCUGUUCAACUGGAACAAAUUGAGUCUGAUAUCAUGGCAACCCAUAAGAAGUACAAAAGUGAAGUGAACGAACUCCAUGAUGCUUUGCUGUUAGGCAAGCGAGAGUAUGACCUGAUGAGGAUUGAAUAUGAACAGAGUGCAAAAACCAAUGAGCAGACAGGGCCAAUGAUCAAGGAAAUGACGUAUAUGAACAACAGUCUGCAGAGCUAUAACAAGCAACUGAAGGGUGAAGUAAAUAGGUACAAGCGCAAGCUUGGUGAAGCACAAAACCACAUUCAAAAGAUUCAAGAAGAGUUAUCAUCCCUGAAAGAAAAGGAAAAGAGCAAAAUAAGCGCUAUAGAAGAGCCCUACAAUCCUCAAGACACUGAGACCACCAAAAAGAAACAAGACAUGGAUAUGAAUGAAGAGGGAGGUGUAGAGGGUAGUGCCACACCUAAGGAGAAGACCGAGGAUGGGGAAGAGGGAGAACUAGAGGAAGGGGAGGAGCAGCCAGCAUCAAGUGCGCCAUCUGGUGAUGCUGACAAGAUCAAGGAGCUACAGGCCAACCUCAAGAAGGCACAAGAGAGUCAGAAGGAAAUGAAACUGCUGCUUGAUGUCUACAAAGGUGCAGCCAAAGAUCUCAGAGACAAAGUCGAGCUCUUGGCUUCUGAGAAGGCUCUCAAAGAAGAGAUCGAUUCAAUUAAGACUCGAGUUGAAGGCCUGGAGCAGGAACUAGAGAAGCACAAAGGAGCCAUGGCGGACGAGGAGGCGAUCCGGCGACUCAAGAUGGCCGAGGAGACGAUAGAAAACCUGCAAAAGAACCUCGCAGCCACCAAACAGGAAGAAGCUGCGUUGUUGGCAGAGAUGGAGUUCACAGGACAGGAGUACGAGGAGAUGCAGGAGCAGAAUGUCCGCCUGCUGCAGCAACUACGAGAGAAAGAUGACGCUAAUCUCAAGCUCAUGUCUGAGCGCAUCAAAAGCAAUCAAAUCCAGAAACAGAUUCGCGAAGAGAAGGAUGUCCUCGCAGAUCACGUGACAUCGCUAAACGGUUACCGCGAGGCGCAGUGCCAGCUGGUCAAGAAACAGGAGGAGAGGGAACGCGCCCUGCAGAACGCCGUGACGGCAAUGGAAAAAGAGCUGAACUUACGUCAACAAACAAUGGACUUACUCAAACGUAAGGCAGUAGAGAGCGCCCAAAACGCACAAGAUCUCAAGAUUCGACUGGACGCACUCCAGCAACAGCUUCAGGAGGCACAAGAUGGACUCAACGAAAAAACACGAUGUGUUGAGGAAGAAGCCUUCCGUGCUAAACGUGUACAGGAGGAGUGCGUGAGCUUAAAGAGGAAGCUCGAAAAGCAAAAGAAGAUCGAUUUGUAUGGCGCUGCUGACGAGGUUCUUCUCGAGGAAGUCCGGCAGUACAAGGCUCGUUUAACAUGCCCAUGCUGCAAUACACGCAAGAAAGACGCCAUCUUGACCAAGUGUUUCCACGUGUUCUGCUAUGAGUGCCUCAAGACGCGCUAUGACACCAGGCAGAGGAAGUGCCCCAAGUGCAACGCGACCUUUGGCUCCAACGACUUUCACAAAAUGUACCUAUGAUCGUUAAGCUCAAGUGCAACGCGACCUUUGGUUCCAACGACUUCCACAAAAUGUACCUAUGAUCGUUAAGCUUAAGUGUCACGCGACCUUGGGCUCCAACGACUUCCACAAAAUGUACCUAUGAUCGUUAAGCUUAAGUGUCACGCGACCUUUGGCUCCAACGACUUCCACAAAAUGUACCUAUGAUCGUUAAGCUUGAGUGCCACGCGACCUUUGGUUCCAACGACUUCCACAAAAUGUACCUAUGAUCGUUAAGCUUUAGUGCCACGCGACCUUUGGCUCCAGCGACUUCCACAAAAUGUACCUAUGAUCGUUAAGCUUUAGUGCCACGCGACCUUUGGCUCCAGUGACUUCCACAAAAUGUACCUAUGAUCGUUAAGCUUUAGUGCAACGCGACCUUCGGUUCCAACGACUUCCACAAAAUGUACCUAUGAUCGUUAAGCUUUAGUGCCACGCGACCUUUGGCUCCAGCGACUUCCACAAAAUGUACCUAUGAUCGUUAAGCUUAAGUGAACUGUACAAGUAUGCUUAGAACAGAUUGGACGUCUAAAAACGUGUCACGACCCUUACGACGCGAGCGUAACUUAUCGUCUGCACCAGAGACUUCCUUUUGACGCGGGGUAACAUAGGACGAAAAACCUUAUACGCAAACUAGUUAACGAUAGCUCAUAGUAAGUCUUAACUAGGUGACUAAUGGUAGCUCGUUAAGUUUAAACUAGAUGACUAAUGAUAGCUCGUAUAGUCCAUACGAGAUGACUAUCGAUAGCUCGUAUAGUCCACAGUAGAUGACUAAUUAUAGCUCGUAUAGUCCACACUAGAUGACUAAUGAUAGCUCAUAUAGUCCAUACGAGACGACUAGUUUGUCCAGAGCCUCGGGCAAGGCCUUGUCUACCACGAUUCUAUAGUUCAGAUUCAUUUGUUCCGAACACUGCAUCCUUGUGCGAUUUUUAUUAUUUUCUUUCAUUGAUCGAACACAUCGACAAAUGUAAGCGGUGAGCGCGCAAAAAUUGUGUACAAAAUAAACAAUCUCAAGUCUUA